UCUCACUUUGCUCUCACUUCGUGAGCCGUACGAUACUUCAUACAAUAUCCCCCUCCUUUCACUUCUCUUAAAAUAUCUGGUCUGGUCUCAUUUCUCUUCUCUCCACAUCUCAUCACAUCCAACGCACCAUCCUCUAUAAACAUCCAGGAUUCAGCUUCAAACCAUCACAAUCCAGUCAAUCCAUCAUCUCAUCCUCCAAACCACACAAAACCCAUCCAGCAAAAUGACCCCCAAAGCCAACACCAGCCAAAAGCGCAAACGCAUCCCCACCAAAGUGAUGGAAUCCAAAAAACAGCGCAAGACAAAGAAAACCAACACCCUCAAGACCAGCGCACCACCAUCAUCCCCGGACACCCAAUCCCACGCCACCAUAACACCCCCCCAAACCCCAACACCACCGCGGUCAUUCUCGGUCGGAACCCUCUCCCCCAGCGACAAAGCCGCCCACAACCGCCUGCAGCAGCAGAUCCUCGCCGAGACCGAGAUCCUACACGUCUACCUCCGCAGCCUCCGCAACCGGCUCACGCAGACGCCCUCGCGCGACGCACAGUACGCGAUCUGCAAAGCCAACGCCAAGGGCAUCGCAGCGCAGUACGCGAUCCUGGCGGACCUGAGAACGGAGCUCGAGUAUUUCGGACGCAGCAUCGAGCUGCAUGCGCUGGAUGCGGCGGCGGCAGCGAAGCAGAAGACAACCGGCGAGCUGCAGAGUCCCAGCUGGGCGGAGGUGGUCGCGGCAUGGGGCCAGCCGGUCGCGGAUCGUGUGAGGCGCUACACCCAUUCCAUUACCUUCUGCAUGUCCCUGGUUUGGUUCGCCAAGCGGGGGUUCGAGUGGAAGACUGUCGCGAAUUUGCUGGUGACGGCGGUGAUCAGCCGGCUGGAAGACUCCAGGCGGCCGAGUCAGCUGGCGCUACUGACGGCGGAUGCGGUCUACGCGAAGAACCGGAUCCCGCGGCCUGCGCCGGUGCUGGCGGCGAAGGAUGUGCUCAGGGUCGGGUGUCGGUUGGAUCGGUUUGGGUUGUUGGUGCAGGUUUCGGUGGAGGAGAGGGAGUGGGCGAGGUUCUUGUAGGUUCGUCUGACUUGGUCCGUAUGGGUGAGAGGAAUACAACUAUGAGC